GGAGGCGUACAAAGCGCCAUCCAAGUGUCUUAGGGACACCAUUUGGGCAUUUGUGUAGCCUUAGCCUUCUCUUCUCCCAAAGAUGUCCUGCAAGACAGCGGGUACAGAUUUAUCCUCGGGGUUUUCUCUAGGAACGAGUUAUAGCUGCAAGGCAGCAGUGGCUUAGCAUCCUUCUCCCUACUAUAAAUAAGACUGCUUUAAAGCGACAGGGUGGGAAACGACCACCAUGAUUUAUGACUUGCGAACCUGGUUCUGGCAUUGACCAAAAAUUCCGGGGACUCGGCAAAGGCUCAGAAACACCCCAGGGUAAUAAUAAUAAUAAACCCGAAAUAGAUCCGACAACAAGCCUGAAGUCCGCAGGGUCUCCGCCCGGGAUCUCACCCAACCCCGACCUGGGCAUGUUCACUUCCGCGGACACGUGUGGAGCAGCUACCGUGGGAACGGAGGAGCCCCCGGCACUCAGGCCUUCCGGGACAGCAGCCGAGCUCCGGGUGUCUCCUGAAGCAAGUGUCCAGCGGCUCCAGGCGCCGCUUCGCCUUCCCCGCCUCCCGAUCAAGAGGUCCCUCACUCACCGGGGUCAGGAGGCGAGAAGCGCCACGGAAAGCCUCCGGCGCAGUCGAAACGCACAGCCCGGGAGGGAAAGAGCGGCACCGGAAACGUCCGGAGCCCGAACUGCUGCACUUCCUGUAGGUAAGUUCAUGAAGAUACCAACAAAAGCUGGAGUCAGUCAGGGCCCCGCCCUCCCAGGCCAGGUGGGGAAAGGCCUGCAAGGCAGGGAGCAAGUCUUCCAGAACUCACAGCCAAGAUGGGAAAGGGCCAAAACUGAGCAGCAGGACAUCUGUUCUUCUGGAAGGUCCUAGGUUCAAUUUUCAACAUCUCCAGUUUCAUCCAACCCUGUCCAAGGAACUCUCUGGAAAAAUCAGAAAGAAGAGAACAAAAGAAGAAACUGUCAUCAGAAAUGGCAGACCAGAAUAUUGUUAAUUGUAUUUAUUUAUAUUAUUAACUUAUAAACCAUUUAAAAAAUAAUAAUUUUAUCUUACGCUUCCUCCAAGGACCUCAGUGUGUUGUACUUGGUUUUAUUGUGUUUAAUGCAGAUGGAACCCACUGGAGUGUGUUACCAUACCUGAAAGACCUGCUCCCCCCCCCCGACCAUCUCAAGGUGUUAACAUCAGCACAGGGGGCUUUCUUGGUAGUUCCAGUCCCUCAGAAGUUCUUUUUUUGGGGGGGGGUGACCAAGAGGAGGCAUUCUCUAUGGCAUCUCCAAAGUUGUUGCUUUUGGCCAUGGCAUUGUUUUAAUUUAUUACCCUUCACUCAAGGUCCCAGGGCGAGUUACAACAUUCAAUAAAUAUACACAUGGAAAAAGGUGUGAGUCAUAUUGUUUGUCAUAUACAGUGGUACCUUAGGUUACAUACGCUUCAGGUUACAGACUCCAUAACCCAGAAAUAGUGCUUCAGGUUAAGAACUUUGCUUCAGGAUGAGAACAGAAAUCGUGCUCCGGUGGCGCGGCUGCAGCGGGAGGCCCCAUUAGCUAAAGUGGUGCUUCAGGUUAAGAACAGUUUCAGGUUAAGAACGGACCUCCGGAAUGAAUUAAGUACUUAACCCGAGGUACCACUGUAUACAAUUUUUAUCCCACACUGCUAAAUAACCAGAGAUGUAUAGGAUUUUUAAAAGCCCCUUUUCAUUUUAAAGCACCAUCCCUUGGGUUAAAAGGAGUUGGCUAAUUUAGGAAGCUGAAAGGGUAUGUAUUUGAUAAGCUCAAUAUUCACUGCUCCUGUUCUCAAGCCUACUGUGUGUGUGUGUGUGUGUGUGUGUGUGUGUGUGUGUGUGUAAGUAAGUCUAUUCAGGAAGUGAACUGCAUUCUGCUCACAAUGAAGUGCAAUAGACAUGUGCUGCUAAUGAACACUUUGAUUAAAGUCUUUCAUAGUCCAUUUAUUAUGCUAUGAUAGUUUUUAAGCAGCACUAAACACAGCUCUAUCUGUUAUGCAUUCAAAUUCUUUUUAUAGGCCUGUCACUAAUGUGAAUCAGUUUGCAACUUCACUUACAAAAUAUUUUCACUUGAUAAUAACGAUCAGAAAGCUACUUACUCAUAGG